CAAAAGUGGAAUUAUUGCAAUAGACAUAAAACUACCCAAAGUAAUUAUUGUUGUAAUAUUAAAAGAAUGGAGAAAGUGACAAGUAUUAGUGUAAAUACCACCUUACUUUUUGCCCUAAAAAAGCUAACUUUAUACUAUAUAAGGGUUAUUUUUACAGUCAAAGAGUAAAUGGGUCACUUUUAACCUUAAAGACGUUGCUUUCAGAAAAAGUGAUUAUUUUAAAAUAAAACAGUGUUAUAUGAAAAUUUGUUUCUUUGCUCCUAGGGUUGAAUAAAAACUAGCAAUUUGUGCAUGCGAUACAUGCCUCACUUUUUUAGAACAUAAUUUAUAACUUUUUUGGGCAUAACAAAGGUAAAAUUUGAACAUUAGACAUGUUUUUUGGCCUAGCUAAUUUUGUUUAUUAUAUCUAUAUCACUUAACCAAAUUCGUCUUUUAUUAUUUAUUUUAUUUAUACUUUCUUUGAGAUUUUUAAAAUUAAAACUGAUGAGCGAUAAAAGAAUGUUACGCAGAUUUAUUAAGAAUUUCUUAUAUUUUUAUCAACAAAGUAUUUUGUUUUAAUUAAAUCAUUUCACUUUGUUAAUUGAAUGUGUUUUUUCCUUUAUUUACUACUUGAUUGUGUAUUGAUCGAUCAAAUAUUUAAUUGAUAUAAUUUUUUUUGUUAAUUUUUUUAUGCUAUAUUUGAAUUUGAUUUUUUUUUUGGUAGAGUAGUUGAUUUACUAAGGGUUAAUUAAGUAAAUUUAUUGGGGGACGCUAUAACUCUCCCUUUCCUUAUAUAAUAGAGAUACAUUACGGAUCACGAUUGCUUUCCCUAAUUUGAGAGUUUGAUUAGUUUAGGGGUAAAUGUACUGCAAAAGGCAGUAAUUAUCUUCGAUGAUUAUAUUGGAGGAAAUUACUCUAGCAGAAGAUCAUAUCAAUAAAGAUCUCAUGAUAUGAUACUCUCCCAAUGAAUAUAUACUUCCCCAUAUUGGACAUACAUAAAAGAAAGAAAAUAAAAAGGCUAUAGAAAGAAAAUAUUUUCAAGAUAACUUACCACAUCUUGAAUAAUAUUUUUAAAAAUGACUAAAGACCUUUUUUUUAAUUAACACUCAAAUUUGACAACUCCAUUUAUUACCCCCACUAACACGAAUACACCAUAUGGACUGAAGACCAAAAUUGUGGUAAGAAAUGUGCGCAUUUUCAGGCAUAUUGUUUCUUGCUUUGGUAUUGGGUGCCCUAGCAAAUCUAGAUAAUACUCAAAUUUCUGCGACUGCAAGGCUCUUUAACUCUGAUCAAUCUGUAUAUGGAGUUCAUUUCACAUCACAAGCAAACUCACAAUCUUCAAGUAGAUCAAGACCACUUUCUCCAAAAGAUGAAAUGCAUGUCAUCGUCGUCGAUCGAUCAGGUCAUGGAAACUUUAGAAGUGUACAACAGGCAAUCGAUUCAGUUCCUUUAGACAAUCGCAAGUGGAUACAAAUUCAAAUUAGAGCUGGUGUCUACCGUGAAAAGGUAACAAUCGCUUUCAACAAGCCAUACAUAAGCCUAGUUGGGGAGGGAAGAAGCAGCACUAUAAUACAAUGGUGGGAUGGAGGGGGCAGCGAGACACUUGAGUAUGCAACGUUUUCUGUGUAUUCAAACAACUUCGUUGCAAGGAACAUUACUUUCAAGAACACAUAUCAUCCUGACAUAAUUUCCCAAGCUCCCGCAGUUUUAGUAUAUGGAGAUAAAAUUGCGUUCUAUGAAUGUGGAUUUAUUGGUGUUCAAGACACAUUGACUGAUUUUACGGGACGACACUUAUUUGAAGGUUGUUAUAUUGAAGGUUAUGUCGAUUUCAUUUGGGGCUAUGGCCAGUCCAUGUAUCAUGGAUGCACAAUAAAUGUGACAAGUGGAGUAUAUGAUGAUAGAAUAUAUGGGGCUGGUUACAUAACAGCACAAGGUAGGGAAAAUAUGGACGACAGCAAUGGAUUUGUGUUCAAAUAUUGUACGAUUUUAGGUACAUCCCUUGCAUAUCUUGGGAGACCAUACCAAAGUUUCUCAAGAGUUGUCUUUUACAAAAGUUACUUCUCUGAUGUUGUUGUUCCUCAGGGAUGGAAUCCUUCCUUCACUCUUGGCCAUGAAGGUUCAGUAACACAUGAUGAAGUGGAGUGCACAGGACCAGGUUCAGACACUUCUCAGCGAGUAAAGUGGGGAAGAAGCCUAAGUUCUGAAGAAUUGAAUUACCUCAUAAACCCCAACACAUUUAUAAACCAGGAUAAUUGGAUUGAAAACCAACCUUUCCCCACUACAAGAAUGUUCCAAAAAUUCUUCACACCAACAACCACCACCAGAAAGGAGCUCCAGCGACGAAUUCCAUUAUCGCGUUCAUUUCCUUUUGCCCAUCCUCGAGGGGCUGAUUAAGGCAUCGCCUAACCAAGUUCUCAUUUGUGUAAAUUUCAAAAAUUACUUAUUUUUUUAGCUAGCCUAGGACUACAUGCAUUGUUAUUGAUUGAAUUGUUAAAACUUAAAAGACUACAUGUGUUAUUCAAUGAUCAAUACAAAACUUUGCUUUAGCUUCA